GACGUCAAGAUGAAGAUCUCACCGAAGUGUGAGGCCUCGUACGCAUGUUCGAAAAGGAACAUAUUUACGGUUACAGUGGAUGUAAUUCUGGUUGGAAGUGUUGCACUGUGUGCAGGCCUUGUCCAUCAGUUCAUGACUCCGUUUCGCCGUGGAUUUUACUGUGACGAUGAAAGUAUCAGUUACCCUUUUCACAAAUCAACUAUACCAUCUACAGCUCUCUACGUUGUAGGGUUUGGACUUAACUUUUUGUUGUUUUUAAUUGUUGAGGCUCUGUGGAUACCUAAAAACAAUACUAAUGGGAAAGCAGUAUCAACUUCAACAGUAGAUGACAAUGAAAAUCAUGACGCCCAUAGUAGUUCUCCUUCAAAGUUAACUUUGUACCUCUGUGCUGUGUACAACAUAGUUUUGCCAUUUAUGUUUGGAGCUGCGAUGGAGUUUCUGGCACGUGGCUUAUCCAAGUAUUCACUUGGGAGACUUCGCCCUCAUUUCCUCUCAGUGUGCCGGCCUGACCCAAGCACUUAUAACUGCAGUAUGGGAUACAUAGAGGAAUAUAAGUGUACAGGAGAUGUUGAUGUCAUUUACCAAGCAAGGUUGUCUUUCCCCUCUGGUCAUGCAUCUUUUUCGGUCUACAGUAUGCUGUUUUUAAUUCUGUACAUUCAGGCUCGUCUGCAGUUUAGAAACGCAGUUAUUCUCCGCCCCUGGUUUCAGUUGAUCUUGUUCCUAAUGGCAUUUUAUACAUGUAUUUCCCGUGUGUUUGACAACAAGCAUCACUGGAGUGAUGUGUUGGCAGGGGCCAUCUGGGGAAUUCUCGUAGCUCUGUUUGUGGUGUUCAAAGUGUCAAGUCUUUUCCCAAGAUCAAGAUAUCUCAGCUCCUCUUCAACAUUCCUUCACACCGUAACAAUGAAACUCUGAUAUUACAAUCACUAUCAAACACUUUAUUCCAGAAAUCAUUUUACACAUUUCAAACUUGGAAUAAUUUUAUUACCUGGAUUUUCAACAUUUUACCAUACCUGACUGUGUAAGAUAAAAACUGUCUCAUAUGCAAUACAGAUGUUGCGAGAAUGGUAUGAUAAAGAGGAAUUGUGGAUAUUUGGAUUGCCAUUUUGAAUAAAA